AUGCCGUUUAUGCAUGGAUCGAUGCCGCUUCGGCGCACAUUUUUCUAUUUACAACAGGGAAAAAUCAAAUUCCGUGAUACGGUUCAUGUCUUCUCUUUGGGUUUCAAUCGAAAUCCAACACCAGAACAAGCUGGAGCUCGAGAUUUUGUAUAUUGGCAUUGGGCUCAAUUACAAUAUCAUAAUCCAAAAGUUCAAUUGGUGAAACACGUCGAUAAAGUUAUUACACCAUUUGCUAGAGCGUAUUUAGGUUUGUUAAUUUUUUAAGGGAAUUUCAGUUUUAAAAGUUAUUGAAACCGAAAUUCACAAUUCAAAUGUUAUCAGAUCCCGAAGUGCUUUAUUAUCCUCCAAACUUCAAUCUGUUUUCAGUCAUUUUAUCUCAAAAAUAAUUUAAUCGAACAUUCCCUGUUUGACAAUCUGAAAAAUGGAAGAUAAUGUUAAUUUUUGAAAAAUCGAACGUUUUCCUAGGUUAAGCCGACUUACUUCUUUUGACUACAUUUCGAAAAACAAAUGGAAAAAUAAUAGCGUCAGUUCUAGCUUUUCUGGAAUUAAGAAAUGAGCAAAAGUAUUGACGUUGAGUUAUUAUAAUUUAAGCUCAUAAAUAGGUCACGCGAAUAGACAGAUCAAAUAUAUAAUUUAAUUUUUUUUCAGAAGAUGGCCGUGAAGUUCUUUUCGAUUUGGAAAACUUGAAACGAGAAGAAAUCGAAGAAACUCUAGCAAAAACUUUGGGAAAAACCGAAUUAGUUGAAAGAAGAGAACGACUCGAAAGUAUUGCCAAAUUGAAUCCUGCCGAUUUUGGAAGCAAAAAUGAGCGACAAUGUAUUUGUGAAGUUCAAGGUCAACAUCCAUGCACAAGUUUAUUGAGAGCACCAAAAUGUGUGACUGGAAAAUGGCGAUGGAAUCACAAUUUGAUCUAA